GCGGGGAAGGGCUGUAGGGGCGCAGGUGCCGCUGCACGGAGCGCGGGAAGAGCUGCAGGAGCACAGGGAGGGGCUGUAGGGGCGCUCCAUGGAGCGCGGCCCGAGCCCGCGGAGGACGUGGGACUGGUCCCUCUGUCGCGGCGCCUCGCGACACCCGGCGGCGCUUUACGGCCGUGGCGCUUCGCGGCAGCGCGACCCGGGCGCGGUGGCGUGAGGGGGAUCGGGCCCCGGGGCGAUGAGCCUGUUCGACGUGUUCCGCGGCUUCUUCGGGUUCCCGGGACGCUGCAGGCCCCGGGACCCGCUGUUCGGCGGCGCGGCGUGGAACGAGGAGGAUGGCGACCCGUCCGUGUCGCAGCCCCCCCAGGACUUCGGCUUCGGAUUCAGCCCUGGCUCGUCCCGCGGCGCCUUCGAGGAGCUAUUCCGGGACAUGGGCGAGCUCCUGGGCGUCUUGGGGGAGUUCUGGGCCGAGCCCCAGCAGCCUUUCGGUGGGUUCGAGCCCGCCCUGCCCGGCCCCGGUGAAGGCAGCGCACGGCGACCCCUGCGGGACUCGAUGCUGAAGCACCCAGAGAAUCACUCUGCUGGCGCAGCCCCGGGGAGCUCCGGAGGCGCCGGCGAUCUGGCCCGGCCCUGGAGACCCUUCUUAGGGCUGGAAGAUUCUCACCAAGCUCCUCCUGGCCUCAAGGAAGACCAAGAUCUGGACUCCCAGGUCUCCUCUGGGGGGCUGGGGACCAUCCUGAGACCCAGCGAGCCCAAGUCCCGCUCUUACUUCCAGAGUGUCUCUGUCACCAAAGUGACUCUCCCUGAUGGGGCAAUAGAGGAGCGCCGCACUGUGCAGGACAGCCAGGGCCGCCAGGAGACAACCGUGACGCGCUGGAGGGGGGACCAGGCCUUCAUCACCACCACCAAGGAGGAUGGGCAGAGGAAGGACUGCUGGGAGGAGGUGGUCAGCAUGGAUGACCGAGAGCUGGCACAGUUCCCUGGCAUGUGGCCACAGCAAGAUGACCCUCAUGCUGCCAACCUGCGUGACCCCUCAUCUGUGCUGGGCAGCUUCUUCCGACGCUGGUUCUCGAGCUGGUAGUUGUGUCCAGUCCUGACUGAGCAGCCCAUAUUGUGACAGAUGGGUCAGAUCUUGCUGGGAAGUGGUGCCUGGACUGGAGGCUGCCCACCUUCUGCAGCACUGGGACCCCUGUGGGGGCCAGGUGUAUGUGUGUACAGAGCAAUAAAGUCUAUUUAUGCUAAA